UUGAGUCACCACGUAGGGAAUUGGAACUAGUUCUUUGGAAGAGCAGCCUGUGCUCUUAACUAUUAGGCCAUUCCUCCAUCCCCCCUAAGAUAGACUCUAAUAACUAUGUAGGAGAACUAUGUAUAUUAAGGGAGCUUUUUUUUUUCUUAAGUGGGGUGAGGGUGAUUUUGAGACAGGAUCUCACCCUGUGGGCCAGGCUUCCCUCAAGCUGCCCUUAACCAGGCAUGAUCUGCCUCUGCCUCCUGUGUAAUUGAGCUCUUCGAGGGCUUGAAAGCAUACAAAGGCAGCGACCAGCAGGUACGCCUCUUCCGGCCGUGGCUCAACAUGGACAGGAUGCUCCGUUCUGCAAGGCGCCUCUGUUUGCCAGGCUUUGACAAGCAGGAGCUGCUGGAGUGCAUUCGCCGGCUCAUUGAAGUGGACAAAGACUGGGUUCCUGACGGCAACGGAACCAGCCUCUACGUGCGGCCUGUGCUGAUCGGGAAUGAGCCCUCGCUGGGUGUCGGCGUGGUCACACGAGCCCUCCUGUAUGUCAUUCUUUGUCCUGUUGGCUCCUACUUUCAUGGAGACUCCAUGACCCCUGUCUCUCUCCUGGCUGACCCCACGUUCAUCAGAGCCUGGAUGGGUGGGGUUGGAGACUACAAGUUGGGGGGGAAUUAUGGGCCCACGGUGGCAGUGCAGCAGACAGCCCAGGAGAAGGGCUGCGAGCAAGUCCUCUGGCUGUACGGGCCAGACCACCAGCUCACUGAAGUGGGCACCAUGAACAUCUUCAUCUACUGGACUCAUGAGGAUGGGGUACUGGAGCUAGCAACUCCCCCACUGGAUGGCAUCAUCCUGCCUGGUGUGGUUCGACAAAGCCUGCUGGACCUGGCUAGGACUUGGGGUGAGUUCCGGGUAGUGGAGCGCAAGGUUACCAUGAGGGAAUUGAAGCGGGCACUGGAGGAGCGCCGGGUGCGGGAAGUCUUUGGCUCAGGAACCGCUUGUCAGGUCUGCCCAGUGCAUCAAAUCCUGUAUGAAGGCAAGCUACUCCACAUUCCCACCAUGGAGAACGGGCCGGAGCUCAUCCAGCGCUUCCAGAAGGAGUUGAAGGCUAUUCAGCACUCCGUUGUCCGGCAGUACGGAGCCAGUGCCCACGAUUGGAUGUUUCCGGUGUGAAGCUACCGGCUGCGUCCUCACGGCUUGGAUCCACUGACCUAUGGCAUCCAGUCCAGCUUCCCGCUUCCCAGAGACUCACGAGAAGUGCAAUAGAAAAAGGUCUGGUCAGACACCUGGGUCUCUGGCGCCCUCACGUGGUCGCUACACUCCAAAGCCUUAAGGGCGGGACUCAGGCAGUUUGGACCCCGCCUGAAGUGUUGGGGUCUCAGGGCUCAGAUCCCUCAGCUGUUCCGUGUCCCGGUGUUCAAGGGGGAACCUUGGCAUUUUCCGUUCUCAGGCCGGAUCCCCGGUGCUCUCCAUGAUGCAUUUUUUCUUCUUUCUGUCCUUGCUGCAAUUUUGAAAUAAAAUGCCAAAGAACAAGA